CCGGUUUUUAAUCGUGUCCUCCGGGAAAAGUAGUCAGCGCAAUCUCACUGGUAGAUACAACAACUUUGUGGGAAACACAAAAUAUCUAAUUCAGCGUUUACACAAGGAACACACCAGAACUACAUCUUUGCUUCAACGUUUGAGGUGCAGCUUCCGUGUGUAGAGGUGGGACAAGGACAACAGACAAGUUUGCUGACAACAGAGAGCAAUGAAGGACCAAGAACUGGAGACUGUCACAGCCAAAGGGCCUACUUCAUCCAGCCCCUCGCUUCCUCCAUCUGCACAUGAGAACUUGACUUCAUCUGAAGUUUGUCAUCCAGAAGUGGAAGAAGGAGCAGCUGGUAAUGCUAUUACUGUAUGUGAUGUAUCUGAAGAGCUAAGUAGGCAACUGGAAGAUAUCCUUAAUACGUAUUGUGUUGAUGACAAGCAAGAGGGAGCAGGAGACUCAGAGGAGACAGAAAAGGGAGCACAGGAGACACCAAAGAAUGGUGAUACUGAACUAGUAGUCCAAGAGGUUAAUGGUGAGAAGGAGGAAAAUAAAGUUUUAGAAGACAGUAGAACCAUCAAUGAAACCGAAAAAGACCAGAAAAGAAUGCAAGAUAAGAAAAAAGUAAAGGGUCUUGGGAAGGAGAUCACCUUAUUAAUGCAGACUCUGAACACUCUCAGCACGCCAGAGGAAAAACUGACUGCCCUGUGUAAGAAGUAUGCAGAACUGUUGGAGGAGCACAGGACAUCUCAGAAGCAAAUGAGGAUACUACAGAAAAAACAAACGCAGCUUAUCCAAGAGAAGGACCAACUUCGUAAUGAGCAUAGCAAGGCCAUCCUGGCAAGAAGCAAACUGGAAAGUUUGUGCAGAGAGCUACAGAGACACAACCGUACACUAAAGGAGGAAGGAGUACAGAGGGCUCGUGAGGAGGAAGAGAAACGCAAGGAAGUAACCUCUCAUUUCCAAGUGACACUCAAUGACAUCCAGUCACAGAUGGAGCAGCACAAUGAACGGAAUGCUAAACUUCGUCAAGAGAAUGUCGAACUUGCUAAUCGACUUAAGAAGCUUAUUGAGCAAUAUGAGCUAAGAGAAGAGCACAUUGACAAAGUUUUCAAACAUAAGGAUCUUCAACAACAGCUAGUGGACGCCAAGCUUCAGCAAGCACAAGAAAUGCUGAAAGAGGUGGAAGAGCGUCACCAGCGGGAAAAAGAAUUUCUCUUGAAAGAGGCAGUGGAAUCACAGCGCAUGUGUGAACUUAUGAAACAGCAAGAGACCCACCUCAAGCAGCAGCUAGCACUGUAUACAGAGAAGUUUGAGGAAUUUCAAAACACUUUGUCCAAAAGCAAUGAGGUUUUCACCACUUUUAAACAAGAAAUGGAAAAGAUGACAAAGAAGAUCAAGAAGCUGGAAAAAGAGACAACCAUGUAUAGGUCCCGAUGGGAGAGCAGUAAUAAAGCAUUGCUUGUCAUGGCAGAAGAGAAAACCCUGCGAGACAAAGAGCAAGAGGCUUUGCAAGCCAAGAUCCAGAAACUUGAGAAGCUUUGUCGGGCUUUACAGACAGAACGGAAUGACUUGAACAAGAAGGUUCAGGACCUGUGUAAAUCCUUAGAGGCCCCUCCAGGCCAACUAGUCACACAAGAGGAAUCCAGCAGCUGUACAGGCCUUCCACUUGGGGAAAAUGCAGGACUUAGUGACAAUGGAACCUGUGGGCAGCAAAAUGCACCUUCAUUCCCAGUUCUUCCCAACACUGCAGCUGAAUGAUUCAGAUGUGGCAAAAUGAAAUUGAGUGAAAAUCCAUUCUCCUUUUAUAAAAUAGCUUCCACUUUUAUACCUCCUGUGCACACUCAGAACAUCAUCCUUCUCUUACAGUGUAAGGGAUGUUGUGUGUGUGUAGUUCCCACAGAGGAUGAAGAAGGAAAUAUUUGAUUUUUCAUUUGCAGCUUCAUAAAGGUCUAUUCUUCACAUUUGUAUCUUGUUUUAUAUAUAGCAGAGAAACAUAUACUGCUAAGAUGGGAAGAGCAGAUGUAAACAUCUGAAGUUUUACUACACCUCUAAGUAAAAUUACCACAUUGUCAUGUAUGGUAUAUUUACCUGUAAAGCAAGGGACCUAGUUUUGCAAGCAUACAUACAUAUUAAUCCAUGCAACAACCGCUUAAUUCUCUCUAUUAGUUCUCUCUGUUGUUGCCUUACUACUUUUGACCAGUAAAUGGUAAGUGGGAGCAUGUUAAAGGGUACGUGAUGUAAUAGUGCGGCACAUAUUUAUUCAAAGUAAGCACGCAGACAUCAUGACCUCAUUCUCCCCAGCAGACUGACUGAUGCUGCUUUUUAAUUAAAAGAUAAUAUUCAUUCUGCUUCUUUCUAAACGGAUGUUCAUUCCCAAUUUGUUUUACAAAUGGAAGCCUGGUACAAUACUGUAUGCUACUGUAAGUCUACUAUGCAUUAAAUUUCACUAUAGUUUCUAAUGUUUUCUUUACAUCAGUGGUUUUCAAUAUAGUUUGUAUUUCUAUGGAAAUUGUCAUUUAGUUCCGUCUGUCCUUUCAGAAACUGCUAGCAUUGUUUGCUGAUCCAUCACAGUUGUCGUUUUGCUGUAUCAGAGUUUCCUCUCUUGCUACUGUAAACCAUUCUAGCUGCCCCUACCCAUUAUACACAGUCUACUAACUAUUUUCAUACAUCCCUCUUGUCUUCUUUGCUCACAGCCAGGGGCACCGCAUUAAUUUCAUAAGGCCUGCCCUCCUACAGAUUGCACCUAUAGUGCAGACUUCACUAUGCCUUCAAUUUGCUUAAGGUAAUGACACACUGCUAUUUGCCACAGCUACACAAUGCCAGAAGAUACCCAACCAUAGACAAUACUGAGAACUGUAUCUGCUAAAACACUCAAAUUGUGUAAUCACUCAAAAAUGCAUUUGUAUGCAUUUUUGAGCUAAUAUGUGAUUUGAGUGUUUUAACAGAGACCAUUUUUUAAGUAUUGUUUAUGGUUGGGUAUUUUAUAGCCACAACAAAUCGUGCACAACAAAUAGUACUUAUCCUAAGCCUUAGCUCGGUGAUCUCCAACUGGUGGCCAUGUUGAACAUGUUUUUCACCAAGCCUUUUCAUGUUGCUCCCAGUGGCUUCAAACCAUGUGCUUAUAUUUGAAUGUCUCACUUGGAGGCAAGUUUUGGGGGAAGAACAUAUGUACUGCCAAACAGACCCUCUUGUAGUCUGCCAGUCCACAUAGGGGGUUACCAGUAGCCAAUUAUAGUGCUUAUUGGGCACCCCUAGGAAUUUUUUUUCUAACUUGUGUAGCUCCCCAAUGUUUUAUUAUAUUUAAAUGUGGUUCAUAUAAGAACAUUUCAGCUAGUCCCUGAUAUUUAUGUUUACUUCCUCUGCAAACAUAUUCCGCUCAUAUACCUGGACACCUAUUGGUUUAAAUUAAAUUAAAUUAUAUAGGAUAUUAUUUUAUUUUUUUUGGUUUCUUGGGCCCUCUCAUAAUUUGCUAUCUGUAUAGCAAUGAUAUCCUUGGUACUGUUUAAUUAUUGUUUGCUGGAUGUUCCGUCCAAAAUUUUUACUUGCAACAGCUUGCUCUGUAUGCAGUGUGUAUAUAAAUGUGUAAAUAACACAUUUACAAGCUUGCUCCUGUUUGUUAAAGGGGUUGGUUACCUUUAACUAAGUUUAGUGUGAUGUAUAGAGAGCUAUUCUGAAACCAUUUGCAAUUAGUUCAUUUUUUUAUUAUUUGUGGUUUUUGGGUUAUUUUUAGCUUUUUAUUGAGCCGCUCUCAUUUCUGCAAUUUCAGCAAUCUGGUUACUAGGGUCCACAUUACCUUAGUAACCAUGCAUUGAUAUGAAUGAGAGAUUGGAAUAUGAUUAGGAGAGACUCUAUUCCUUCACUCGAACUAAGUAAAUGGGCCCCAUCGUGUUGCUUUAACCACUGAUGCAUAUGUAUUACGGGGAUCAGCACAGAAGCUGUGCAGUGCAAACCACAAGAUAGCCUAUGGCUGAGUUUAAAUUUGGGAAUGAGAACACAUUUAACACCUCUGUACAAUGGAUGCACUAUAUCAGGGUAUUUAGAGUUCAUACACUGACAUUCCCUAAACCUUAAAUACCAAAGAGAUUGUCCUGCUCUGUGUUUGGUACAGGGAGACUGGUUUAAAUCAGUAAAUGCAAUGAGAAAAUAAGGACUUGUUUAAUUAUAUGCACCAGAACCAAUAAAUCCUUAAGGCUUUUUGUCA